UUUGUCAAUUUUAUCCAGAAUUUGAAGUUCUAUCAAGUUAGUGUAAUUUCCUUAUAAAAUUGGUGGUGCUUGUUAUUAUUCAUAUUUUUGAUAUUUUUAAUAGUUAUAAGACGUUAGCGCUGAUUCGAUCGUUAUUUUUCGAAGUCUAUUAAAUUUUUUUAUUCAUUCCUAUCGUAGAUUUUUGUACGGUAUUGUUAAGGUUUUUGGAUAUAUUUUUUCUUAAAUUGUUAGUAUGUUCUAAACUUUCUUCAUUGUUCGAUAACGAAAAGUGCUCAAACUUUUUUACAUUAAUAAAAGAAUGGCAGAUUCGGCUAGUGAAUCAGAUUCCAGUAGCAUUGAUGGUGGACCCAUCAUGAUGCCACCCAGUCCCAUAACUAGGGAGCAACUUCAGAAGCGCAUCGAAAGUCUUCAGCAGCAAAACCGGGUGCUGAAGGUAGAGUUAGAAACUUAUAAAUUACGCGUGAAAGCGCUCCAAGAGGAAAACAGGGAUCUUAGAAAGGCAUCAGUUAUAAUACAAGCGAAAGCAGAACAAGAGGAGGAAUUCAUCUCAAACACCCUCUUGAAGAAGAUCCAAGUGCUCAAAAAGGAAAAGGAAACACUCGCUCAUCAUUACGAAAGGGAAGAAGAAUGUUUAACCAACGACUUAUCCAGGAAACUGACCCAGCUGCGUCAGGAGAAAUGCCGCCUAGAACAGACCCUCGAACAAGAACAGGAGUGCCUUGUGAAUCGUCUCAUGAGAAAGAUCGAGAAGUUGGAGGCCGAAACGUUGGCUAAGCAAAGCAACCUGGAGCAGUUGCGUCGAGAAAAGGUUGAGCUCGAAAAUACUUUAGAGCAAGAACAAGAAGCUCUCGUCAACAAACUAUGGAAACGAAUGGAUAAACUCGAAGCGGAAAAACGCAUGCUGCAGAUAAAGCUCGAUCAGCCGGUGUCUGAUCCAGCCAGUCCUAGAGAGAUCAGCAAUGGCGAUACUGCCAGUAAUCUUAGCUCGCACAUUCAAACAUUACGUUCAGAAGUGGCCAGAUUGCGUUCCACUUUGGCCAUGAGCCAACAGGAGCACACUCAGAAGAUGCAGCGUUUUGCCCAAGAGGAGAGAAACAUUAAGGAAGAAAAUUUAAGAUUGCAAAGAAAGCUACAGCUUGAAGUGGAAAGAAGAGAGGCAUUGUGCAGGCACUUGUCUGAAAGCGAGAGUUCCCUGGAGAUGGAGGAGGAGAGACAUUAUAAUGAACAGGUAUUGGGCGUGAGACAACACACUGUCUCUCCAGUACCAGCCCCGUAUAAUCCAUCGCCUAGUCAAAGUCGGCCAUUGAGUCCAGGUCUAAACACAUUACAAUCUCCGAGAGACUCGCUAGUGGUAGGUCCGCCCCGUUGUCAUUCUUGCGGACAGUUGUUGAAUCAUCCCGUCAAUCCGGCCUGCAUUUCUGCUGCUUUACAUCCAGUUUCCUCGGGUAGUCCCACGGCACCGCAUCGCAGGCCCAGCGAGAGGUUUAUCAAACCGGCAAUACCAGCUGCACCACCCCAGCCCGCUAGUCCAAUGGACACUUCCGUCAAUAAAGACUAGUAAGAUAAAAGUGAUAUUUGGAUGUAAUCGUUCCUGGUGUUUACAACAAUUAUGCUAUAACGUACGUGCAGAGCUCGAGUAUAUUCGACAUUUCUCCACACGUCCAGAAAUAACUAUCCACCAGAUCAGGAGCAGCUGAUUAUUAUUCAACUUUUUUAGUUUAACAUUAUUUUUGCUUUGUCACACGGUUUUUAUAUAAUAUAUAUUCAUGUACUUACGCCAUUUACAUAUUUCGGGGCUCUCCUAUUUCUGGCUCCAGCUAAACCUUGUUCAUUAUAAAUAGGCGAUAAAGUCACAAACAUACAUAGUGUUGCAUAAUUUCGGGGAUCCUGUCCUGCGGAAGUGUAUAGGGAUAAAUUAGGAGCUCUAGUUGCAAAACGACCAUUCUCCACUUUCACAAAUUUUACAGGAAACACGAAAAUCUAUAACUACGGUAUAUAUGGCACAAUGAGUACAAUUGUUCACACACACACUUAACCCAUUGACACCGAAAUUAAUAAAAAUAUUUUGGAGAAUGGUUGUGUUGCAGCCAACCGUUGUAUAUUGGUUCUUUUGCAAGUUAACAAUGUAGAGAUUGGUUAUUUUUUAAUUUAAUAAAAUUGACAGAACCUUUUUACAAAUUUAUUGAACAAAAAUCGGAUCAUUUCUUCUUCUGGAACUGUUUGAGUGUCAAAAUUAUCCAGGCAUUAUUUGAAGUAAGUUAGGGAACAUCUAUAAACUACAUUGUAUAGAAGAGGGUGGGGAGACUAAAAAGACACUGAAAGGGGGGUCAUGAGUUGCAAUUCCAAAGUUCGCUUGAGGGGAGGUCCUCAACUAUAAACGACGUUUUACGACGAAGGUGGGAAAGGGUAUUAAAAAGUCCCAAAUUUUUUAUGACAUAGUUUAUGCAUGUUCCCUUAGACCUGCCUCCUCCUCCAAUUCUUGACUAAAAUGAUCUUAAAGAAGGUUCCUCACGUCGCGCAACUUAUAUUACUACUUGCAAAUUUUUCCGGAUUGACAAGUGGAUGAUGUGGUGGUGACAACAUUCCUUUGUUGGUGGUCUAAAACUCUUCAGCACUUAUUACGACCAAAUUGGGCAUAGAUUUUUUUAAGAGAUCUAUUGAUGUAAUUUUUGAUUUUAAAUAACCUAAAAUACGAAGUUUGUAAGCCUAUGAAUAAGCAAAUAGCUUGACUGCGCCAGUUAUAAAACUGAAAAUCCUUAUCAGACCGAAGCAGAGUUGAACUCUCACCAACAAUGUAGUAUUCAUCAGGCGUUGGAAUAACUUCUUUUUCCUUUUUAGUUUUUUCUCAAUGUUUUCAAGAACUUGGUCAAGUGGAAGAUACAAAUGACCAAGCAACGAGAUUUUAUAUUCUGUUUUCUCAAUUUUCAUCUUAAAAAACAGUGACUUCUAAUUUAAAAAAAAUAAACACAUAUUUUUUAAAUUUCAUCAAAAUGAUCUUCACACAAAUGUAUUUUAGAUUGUGUAGACAUGAGUGCCGAUUAAACACUUUUCCAAAAAAGAGUCAACAUCCCUAUUGGCUGUCAUUGUAUGUACGAGCAAUAUUAACUCAUUUUGAAGAUAUGUAUAUGAGUGUAUCUUUGAGCCAAAAUUUUUUUUCUUCAGCAGACCAUUUCUCUUCGAUUAUGAGGCGAUGAAUCUCAUGGCAAUCGCCCCUUGUAAUAUGACCCAAGUGAUGUAACUUCUCAUUGGUUAAUAAAGAGUUUUAUUAUUACUCAGUCCCCUAAGAAUCUCUAUGUUCUGCUAAGGAAACUUAAAUCAAUUAAAUUACAAAUACUUGGGAACUUUAAUAAACAAAACUGAAGACCAAAACAAUGAAAUAAAAAUACGUAUCGAAAUUGCCAGAGCCACUGACCUAUAUGGUGUAGAGUCCUGGACUCUCAAACAAAACAACAUAAAAAAUAUUGAAAGUUUCGAGAUGUGGUGCUACCGUCAAAUACUGAAGAUAAGUUGGGUUGCAAGUCACAAACUUUGAAGUAAUGCGAAGGAUAGGAAAAUACCCAGAAAUUUUGUUAACGAUAAAACGAAGAAAACUCGAAUAUUUGGGUCAUCUCAUGAGUGGACAUAAAUACGCAUUACUUCAAAAUAUAAUGCAAGGAAAAAUAUAAGAUAAACGGAAUCCAGGCCGUAGAAGAAUGUCAUGGUUUCAGAAUUUGAGAGAGUGGUUUGGCUGCACCACUAAUAAACUCUAGGUCUGCUGUAAACAAUGUCAGGAUAGCCUUGAUGAUUUCCAAUCUCCGAUAGUAGUGGCACGAGAAGAUUUUACCACAGUCCACGACAAUUCGUUGCUUUGAUAAUCUCCAAGUUGAAUGAUAAAAAUCAAACAUCCUUAUUGUAUGCCUGUUUUUAUUAUUAGAGUCUGAUGUUUUCUUUUCUUUGGGUGCCGUACGUUAUGCAGCAUGUAGACGUCGAUUAUAGCUGGUUGUCAAAUGUACAGAGAUCUUUCUUUCCGCUCUUCUUAUUAUUAUCAUACUGACAUCAGGCCGAACCAGUUUCUUAUAUCUCUGACCUAUGAAUGUCGCCAGGGUCUCUUCAACCUUCAACUUUACCCAUCAAGAUGACAUUUAGGAGAUUAUAUAUUUGUUAUUUCGUGGAAUAUAGCCCAAAUAUGAAACCUGUCACUGCUGAACGAAAUCAAAUAAUUCUCUUUGAACAUUAUUUCUUCUUAGAACCUCACCAUUUCUUACAUGAUCCAGGAAUUCUAAGCAGCCUUCUGAGACACCACAUUUCGAAAUCCUCACACGAUUCAGAGAUCUCAUUUUAAGUAAACAGGUCUCACUUCCAUAUAUCAGGAUGAGCCAAAUUUUUUCUAGCUAUUGUUACUCUUAUACUCAUUUUCAGGCCACAGUCCCACUAACUAUUGAACGUAUAAUAUUUAAAUCCCCAUUCAAUAGCUCCAUUAUGUAUAUUCAACUCAGCUUCCAUAUGGGGUUCUCUCUCUCUCUCUUUCUCUCUGUCUUGUUGUUUCCCCAAUAUUCCUAACAAUGUUUCUCCAUUGGUCUCUAUCUUCAGCUGCUCUAAGAGCUUCGCAGAAUGAGUUUCCAGCUGAAUUCUUUAUUUGGUCAGACCAUCUAGUUGGUGAUCGUCCUCUUGAUCUUCUCCCCGGAACGUUUCCAGAAACAAUUAAUCUCUCCAAACUGUCGUCACCUCUGCAAACCACUAAUUGCCUGCUGAUUGUCAAAUAUUUGGUUUUUGCUAUGUUGAUACCCACUCCUAUAUGAUCCUACUAUGAUAUUGACUAAUUCUUGUAUCACAUGCAAAUUCUGAAGUAUGUCUUUCAAAUCGGCCAAGGAUCUCAAUGAGCUUGUGGUGUCACACACUCUCAAACGCGUUUCCUGGGUGCAUGAAAUAAACUAACGCAUUUACAUCUCUGAAUCGGUACAAAAAGAACAGCAUGUUUAUCGUUCCUGAAGCCAAACUGUAAAGAACUAAUCAGUUGCUCAGAUUUCCUCUCUAUUUGCGUAUGUAUGAUGCACAAGAGCCAUGUUUCCAAAACAUUGGAACAUCGAGAUAAUCAGUAGGUAGUCCUCAUAAUGUGAUGCCUUGUGUUUCUUUGCAGAAGUGACAAAACUGAAUUUCACCCAACCAGAAGGUAUUUUGUCUUAGCUUUAAACUGAAAUUUGCCAUAAUUGCUGUGAUCUGCACCAUCUGUAGAGGAUAUCUGAAGGUCAGUAGAUCUUCAGUUAUCUCAUUUGUAUGAAUCUUAGAAGAAAACUAAACUUCAAUUUUUUCAAGUUAAGAGAGAAUAAUGUUAUCUAAGCAAAAAUUUUUUGUUACCGGAAUAAUAACCAACGAUAUCAAUACAUUUACCUACAGACUGAUACAAGAAUCUUGAAAAUCAGAGUACAAAAAUAAUAAAGUUAUAAAUUGUCAAUCAAAAAUUUUUAGUGGCGGAAUUUUGUGCCGGUGAGUGUAGUAUGAGGCUAGCACAAUGGCCACUUCGGUCUCAACGUGGCGAUGUCAGUAAAAUGUAAUCUCUUUGACUCUUUCUUCUGGUUUUAUAUUCUAAUAUGUGAAUUGAAAUUGAUGAGGUUGGGUAAAUUUCUUGAUCGUCCUAUUUGUAAUAAACGAGGUAUAAACGUUUUUAUUAAUUAAAUGUUUAUAUAAUGUGACGCAAUAAAGUAAAAAAUAUUUUUUGGUAAUUCCACAUUGUUGCCAAAAUUUCGUGGCAUAGCCAUUUUCACAUGUCAUGUGAUAUUUAAAGUUGAACAAUGAAAAUUUUAGUUUAGAAGUAUUUUCUAUGAUAUUUAAAGUAAUGGUCAUUUCAAAUGUAUUUCCGAUAAGAUAGAAAGUAACGUUUGAAUGUGUCUGCUACAUUAUUUUAAUAAUAAACUUGCAUUACUCUACACUUUAA